UUUUAAAGCGUAAUGCCGUAGAAUUGUAAUUACUUUCCGUACGCGAGUAUUUAUUUUCCACUAGUGUUCAUUUGGUGGCGUUGUUUAGGACCAAAGACGAAACUAAACUAGGGGAAAGGUGCGUUUUACGUCUAGAAUAGUCGUAACUACGAGCUACGAGAAGCCCGUGAAGGCAGCACAGUACAACUUAAUGUCUCACGUGAACAACGAAGGGGGGGAGGAGAUCCGGGGUGUCAUCUGUGGUCGGACGGCUCUUUCAUCGUGCAGACAGCAGAAGGAGGACGACGACGACAAUGGAUACCUGUGUGCAGCCUGUUGAAUGGACCACUGAUGUCAAGAACCAGAACUUUGAUGGCAUCAUCUUGGUGACCCAGAGCCAUGACACCCUGCCCGAUGAGCUCCAGUGCCUGAAAGCUCCUCUGCAGGACUACAGCUCCGUGGACAGCGGUCUGGGGGAGGAGGUGGUGCUCCUCAAAGUCCCUGGUCUCCCUGGUAACCGCCUGGUGUUUGCCUCCACCGGCCCUGUAAACCGUGACUACGAUGAUGUCAGACGCUUCAGUGAUGCAGCAGUCAACGGCAUCAAACGGGCCUUGAAAGCUGGCAUGCAGCGCCCCCUGCUUGUCUGCCCUCCACAUAAGGAGUAUAAGAACAGCACCUUGGUGGCUGCACUCGGAGCCCUUCACGCUCUCUACAUGCCCCUUGAAAUAAGGGAAGCAAAAAUGAAACCCACUGGCUACAAGGUGUGUGUUCUGGGGCUGUGGGCAGCACAGGAGGCUCAGGGCAAGAAACUGAUGGAGCUAGCUGAUGCUCUGGAGAGCGGGAGAGUGGCCUGCCGUGAUAUCAGUGGCUCCGACCCCGAGCGUAUGGCUGCUCCUCGUGUGGCUGAUUAUGUCCAAGCACUCUUUGAAAACAGCCCUGUGCAGGUUGAAGUGGUGAGCGACCUGAAGAUCCUGGAGAAAGAGUAUCCCUGUCUGGCUGCAGUCAACCGCUGUGCCAAUGGUGUGCCUCGUCACCAGGCCAGAGUUAUCAAACUGCAGUACUGUGGGGAGGGACCGAUCCAGAAGACGCUCAUGUUGGUGGGAAAGGGCGUCACCUACGACACUGGCGGAGCUGACAUCAAGGCUGGAGGAAUCAUGGCUGGGAUGCACAGGGACAAGAGUGGAGCUGCUGCCGUCGCUGGCUUCUUCCAGGUCUUAGCCAAGCUGAAGCCAACACAUAUAAAGGUUUUGGGCUCAAUGGCCAUGGUGAGGAACAGUGUUGGUUCAGACUGCUAUGUGGCCGAUGAGCUGGUGGUUUCCCGUGCGGGUCGCAGAGUGAGAGUGGGAAACACUGAUGCAGAGGGACGUAUGGUGAUGGUCGACCUGCUCUGUGAGAUGAAGGAGAAGGCCGUACGCGAGACUUCUCCUCAUCUGUUUACUAUCGCGACUCUGACUGGUCACGCCAUCAGGGCCAUGGGACCCAACUACUCUAUAAUCAUGGAUAAUGGGCUGGCUCAUCGCAGGGGGAAUGCUGCUCAGUGGCAGAAAGCUGGAGAUGUGCUGGGCGACAUGUUCGAGGUGUCCAAUAUCAGACGAGAGGACUACGAGUUCCACAAGGGCAAGUCUGAGUAUGAGGAUGUUCUGCAGUGCAACAACCUGCCGUCCACAGCUACACCUCGAGGACACCAGUCCCCUGCAGCUUUCCUCAUCUUGGCCUCAGGGCUUGACAAGCAUGGCGUGGACUCUGACACUCCUCUGCCAUACUCCCACAUUGACAUCGCUGGAUCCAGUGGUCCUUUCCCCGGUGUCCCCACUGGAGCCCCCAUUGUUGCCAUGGCAACAAACUACGUGCUGUCUGGUGAUCUCUAAACAGACACCCCCAGUCUGCACUUAACUGCAACAUAAAUUUGUAACUGUCCAAAUAGUGAUGAAAUCUUUGCCACAACAUGAGAAAACUGCUAUUUUUUACAUCCUGUAAUACUUCAGAUGCUUUUCUGUAAGAAUGUCCUGUCUGCACUAAAGGCCAAAUGACCCUGUUAAGUGGCCUGAAUCAACAUGUACUCAGGUUAAAUAGUUAUAUAAAAAUUGAUCAUGCUUGUUUUAUGUGCCUCUGUAUGUGUGCAACAAAGUGGGGAUAUGGCUGAGUUUUCGAUAAUGCUGUGUGUCAGUCAAAUCAAGAUCAAUAAAACGAAUUAAAGCA